AUGGAUUGUUAUUCAUUCACCAGACUGUUAAUCAGAAACGUCUAUAUUACAGAAUGUCAGACGUACAUUUGCGAUUUCCAUCGAGAGCAAGCGUGGGAGCGAUGGCUUUCAAAAAGCAGCAACGGACUGCUCCCGUUAAAAAAUAUGAUUCUUGCAAAACUACGAUUAAUUGCCAGAGCGAGGACGGAGGCUGAUUACGAGGAAAAUGUUAAAAAUUUUAAGUCAUCAGAAGCAGUGGCGUGGUGGCAUAGUUUUUACUGCGGUGGCCAACACAAACUUUGCGCCCCUUUCACCUUUUCUUAUAGCUAUUUUCAAAAAUGGGUGUGGACCUUUCGAAAAGAUCGACUGCUAACAGUCAUAAACACAAAUAAUGGCGUGGAAAGGCAAAACAAAGCUUUCAAGCAUGAAUAUUUGGAUGGCUACAAGAAUUCAACGUUGAGCGUCAUGCUGACAGUGCUAAUUGAAGACUUUUUGCCCGAUCUUUAUUUCAAAUACGUCGAAUUAAAUACGAAAUUGCAGAGCAAUUACAGGCAGUACAAUUAUGAUGUCCCGUCAUACCUUCACGAAAGACCACACUCUAUGAUUAGGCAUUGUAUGGAAAGACUUGCAUCGUCAGAAGAUACCCUUGCAUCAAACAUCAUGGUUGUUGACGAAAUGCAUGGAAUUUUCAAAGUUCGUAGUCAAGACGGCAUAUGCAAGUUUUAUACAUUGUCGUUUGGAAGUGAUCCAGGUGAUCUUCCAAGCUGUGAUUGUUAUGACUGGGAAAGACACAGGUUGCCAUGUAAGCACUUCUUUGCGAUUUUCGAGAACUUUCCAUUUUGGUCAUUUGAUAAACUACCGAAGUCGUACACGGAAUCUCCAUUUUUAACAGUUGAUCGAAUAGGUUGCACGUCUGUAAUGGAAACAAAGACAUUUGAGGUAAGCCAAUGUCACUCCGAUGAUUCUUCACGAACCGUCGAAGCACCAAAGGAAAACGAAAUCCACGUAACUAAGGACAAGAACAUUUUCCCCACCAUUGUAGCUGAGCUAAAACGAAAGCCAUCUUCACAUAGAACAGAAGCCGCAAGGUGCAGAGAACGGUUGGGACAAAUAAAGAAUUUAACUUAUGUUGCUGAGGGAUGGGGAAAUGGCAAUGUUUUGCAUGAGUAA